UCUACAAAACACACUUUGCCUUAUCAACUCCUUCCUUAUUUUAUAAACUUUACUAAUUGACUCUAAAGAAAAGCAUAUAAAACAAGUAAGUCCCUAAGAUAAUCAUGCUUAAGAUGGAGAUUAACGGUGGGGUUGCUACACCUACUGCUUCAGCCGUGGCCGUGGCGGAAACCACCACUCCUGUUUCUUCCCCUUCUCCAACUUCUUCACCUCCUCCUCCUCCUUCGCCGCAGCAGCCGCCACAACCUCCGGUUGUUCUAAGCCCUUGUGCGGCUUGCAAGAUUUUGAGGCGGCGGUGCGCCGAGAAAUGCGUUUUGGCUCCGUAUUUUCCUCCGACGGAUCCGAUGAAGUUCACAAUUGCUCACCGUGUCUUUGGAGCUAGCAAUAUUAUCAAGUUCUUGCAGGAGCUUCCUGAAUCACAAAGAACAGAUGCGGUUAAUAGCAUGGUCUAUGAAGCUGGAGCUAGGAUGAGAGAUCCGGUUUACGGAUGUGCGGGUGCAAUUUACCAUUUGCAAAGACAAGUAAGUGAGCUACAAGCACAACUUGCGAAGACUCAAGUAGAGUUAGUGGGCAUGCAACUCCAAAGAUCAAGUCUACUAGAAUUGGUAUAUAAAAUGGAGCAAACAAAGUUGUCAGCACAAGAGCAAGGACAACACAAAAUGUCCUUUGAGAGUUCGUUUGAGAGUGGCGACGAGUUCAUAAGUAGCCCCGACGAAGAGAGCAAUGAUUUGGGAUUCCUUGAGGACAAUAACAACAACAAUAAUUCAUCCAUGUCGUGGUGGGAUCCUCUUUGGACAUGAUCAUAACUUAUGGUAUUAUUAGCUCACUUUAAAGCGCUUUAGUGGUUACUUCCAUAUGCAUAUUAAAGACCUAGGAUAUGAUAUAUGCGGAGCCUUUUUUUUUUUGUUCUAAGUCAACCAAUCAUGUAUAAGCACGUAACAAAACUACUACAAAACUUGUCAAACAUUGUUACGUGGUAGUAUCAUUAUGUAGGGAUAUCAGACAAAAGAGUUUGUAUUAAGAUUAAGAUUCUAAGAAUCUUCUCCUAACGCUAAUGAGAAGGAGAUAAUUGAGAUGCAUUUUUAUAUAUUUAAUGUCUACACCGUUUUGUAUACUUGUUAUUUCGUUUGAUAAAUGA